GCGGAAUUCGGCCUUCGGGAAGAGCCCCCGGACCAGGGUCACGGAGAGAGCCGAACGCCGCAGCGAAGAGCCGAAUAGAGCCGGAGAGACCCGAGUACGACUGGAGAAGCGCAGGCCGGCCGGAAGAGGAGCCGAGCGCGGCCGGAAGGAGCCGAGCCCGUCCGAAAGGAGCGGAGCGAAGCUGGGCGUUGGGCCUGGUCGAGCCCGCGCCAUGGCGGCCGACGGGACAGCUGUGGUCGGAGGCGGGGCUGUUGGCGGCUGCCUGGCCAAAGACGGCUUGCAGCAGUCUAAGUGCCCGGACACUGCUCCCAAACGGCGCCGCGCCUCGUCGCUGUCGCGUGACGCCGAGCGCCGAGCCUACCAGUGGUGCCGGGAGUACUUGGGCGGGGCCUGGCGCCGAGUGCAGCCCGAGGAGCUGGGGGUUUACCCCGUGAGCGGAGGCCUCAGCAACCUGCUCUUCCGCUGCUCGCUCCCGGACCACCUGCCCAGCGUUGGCGAGGAGCCCCGGGAGGUGCUGCUGCGGCUCUACGGAGCCAUCCUGCAGGGCGUGGACUCCCUGGUGCUGGAAAGCGUGAUGUUCGCCAUCCUUGCAGAGCGGUCGCUGGGGCCCCAGCUGUACGGAGUCUUUCCAGAGGGCCGGCUGGAACAGUACAUCCCAAGCCGGCCAUUGAAAACUCAAGAGCUUCGAGAGCCAGUGUUGUCAGCAGCCAUUGCCACGAAGAUGGCACGGUUCCAUGGCAUGGAGAUGCCUUUCACCAAGGAGCCCCACUGGCUAUUUGGGACCAUGGAGCGGUACCUAAAACAGAUCCAGGAUCUGCCCCCAACUGGCCUCCCCGAGAUGAACCUGCUAGAGAUGUACGGCCUGAAGGAUGAGAUGGGCAACCUCAGUCACUCCUCUCCAGGACCCAUGCUCCCAUACCCCUGUAGGAAGUUUCUAGAGUCUACCCCGUCACCAGUCGUCUUCUGCCACAAUGACAUCCAGGAAGGAAACAUCUUGCUGCUCUCAGAGCCAGAAAAUGCUGACAGCCUCAUGCUGGUGGACUUCGAGUACAGCAGUUACAACUAUAGGGGCUUUGACAUUGGGAACCAUUUUUGUGAGUGGGUUUAUGAUUAUACUCAUGAGGAAUGGCCUUUCUACAAAGCAAGGCCCACAGACUACCCCACUCAAGGACAGCAGCUGCAUUUUAUUCGCCAUUACCUGGCAGAAGCAAAGAAAGGUGAGACCCUCUCCCAAGAGGAGCAGAGAAAACUGGAAGAAGAUUUGCUGGUAGAAGUCAAUCGGUAUGCUCUGGCGUCCCAUUUCUUCUGGGGUCUGUGGUCCAUUCUCCAAGCAUCCAUGUCCACCAUAGAAUUUGGUUACUUGGACUAUGCCCAGUCUCGGUUCCAGUUCUACUUCCAGCAGAAGAGGCAGCUGACCAGCGUCCACUCCUCAUCCUGACUCUCCACCCUCCCACUCCUGGAGCCUCCAGGGCAGGACCUUGGAGGGAGGAGCAACAAGCAGAAGGCCCUCGGGACUGGGCUGAGCCCCCAAGUGACACUGAGGUUCAGGAAACCCACCUCUUGAGUUUGAGUAGGUCCCCAUGGCUGGCAGGCCAGAGUCCCGACCUGUGUAUGUAACACAAUAAACAAGCUUCUUCCUUCA